AUGGACUUUAAGGCACCUCCUUCUAGAAACCUCUUUGAGGAAAGCAGAUUAAUUCCUAAUUACAACUGUGACAUUCAGAAACAUCCAGUAGCAAUGAUUGGAGGACCUGACAGUGAUGUAUGUCUUCAUGUGGCCAUCAUUCUACACAUCUACAAAUUUCCUCAGUUUAUGUAUGGCUCUGCUCCAGUGACAAAUAAGGACAAACAGGCAGGUUUCUAUCACCAAAUGUUUCCAAAUAUGAACCUUCAGUAUGAGGGAAUUCUUCAGCUAUUGCAGCAUUUUAAAUGGACAUGGAUUGGGGUCGUAUCUGUGAAUAAUGAGAAUGGGAGGAAAUUUGUACAAAAUGUGAUACCAAUAUUUGCCCUAAAUGGAAUCUGCUUUGACUUCAUUGAAAGAUUCCCAUUGGCUUCUUAUUCUACUGACAUUGCUGAUACGGUGAAAGAAGGGAUGGAAAUGUACCGCAUUAUGAUGAAUAGCACCGCCAAUUCGGUGUUGAUUCAAGGUGAAAUUGAAGUAAUGAUAGUUUUGAGAAUGUUUCCUUCAAUGUUAAAAUUUGAAGAGAUACCAGUACAAGGAAAUAGUAAAAUAUGGAUUAUGACAGCCCAAAUGGAUUUCACAUCUCUUCCUUUUCAGAGAUGGGAAGACCUAGAUUUUCUCCAUGGUGCUCUAUCCUUUGCAGUUCAUUCAAGAGAGGUCGUAGGAUUUCGGAAAUUUCUUCAGAGAAGAAAACCAAACUUUAAUGAAGAAGAUGACUUUAUUAGGGUUUUUUGGGAGGAGGCAUUUGGAUGUGUGUUCUCAGGCUCCAUGGUUGGUGAGAAGAGCAACUCCAUAAUGGACAGUCCAUUGAUAUGCACUGGGGAGGAGAAGAUAGAGACCCUCCUUGUAUCUGUUUUUGAAAUGGACAUGACUGGCCACAGCUACAGCAUCUACAAUACAGUCUACAUUUUGGCACAAGCAUUACAUGUUGCUUAUUCAACUACCUUCAGAAACAGAGCAAGAGUAGGCACAGUAGGACUUAUUGAACUUCUCCAACUUCAUCCAUGGAAGCUCAAUCAAAUAGUAAGAAGCAUCUCAUUCAAUAAUACUGCAGGAGAAACACUAUCUUUCAACCAAAACGGAGAACUAAAGGCUGGGUUUGAUGUCAUCAAUUGGGUUACAUUCCCAAAUAAAUCCUUUUUGAAAGUCAAAGUUGGUGGAAUAGGAUCUCUGACUUCCCAAGAGGACAGGUUAAAAAUGGAUGAAAAAUUGAUCAUUUGGCCAAGCAGGUUUAACCAGGUCCGCCCACUUUCUCUGUGUAAUAACUAUUGCCCUUUGGGUUAUGCUAAGAACAAGAUAGAAGGGAAGCCAUUUUGUUGUUACGACUGUCUUCACUGUCCAGAAGGAAAGAUUUCAAAUGGAAUAGAUAUGGAUGACUGUUUUCCAUGUCCAGAAGAUCAGUAUCCAAACAAGGAACAGAAUUCAUGUCUUCCAAAAACUGUAACAUUUCUGACAUAUGAGGAAACGUUGGGGUUCAUCUUGGCCAUUUGUUCUCUUUCUUCCUCUUUUAUCAUAGUGUUGGUGCUGGGUAUCUUCAUUAAGUACCAGGAUACGCCCAUUGUCAAGGCCAACAACCGAAACCUCACCUACAUCCUUCUCAUUUCUCUCCUCUUUUCAUUCCUUUGCGCUUUACUAUUUAUUGGCAAACCUCAUAAAGUGACCUGUCUCCUUCGACAAAGUGCUUUUGGUGUCAUUUUUACUGUAGCUGUAUCAUGUGUGUUAGCAAAAACUAUUGUGGUGGUUUUAGCUUUCAUGGCCACCCAACCAAAGUCUAUAAUGAGGAAAUGGGUGGGGAAAAGAUUGGCCAUUUCCAUUGUAUUUUUCUGCUCUUUCAUUCAAGUAGUUCUUUGUACUGUCUGGCUGUUAACUUUUCCUCCAUUCCCUGAUUUCAACAUGCACUUAAUGGUGGAAGAAAUUGUUCUGGAAUGUAAUGAAAACUCCUUUGUCAUGUUCUACUGUGUCUUGGGCUUCAUGUUCCUCUUAGCCCUUGUCAGCUUUACUGUAGCUUUCUUUGCCAGGAAAUUACCAGACUCUUUUAACGAAGCCAAAUUUAUCACCUUCAGCAUGUUGAUUUUCUGCAGUGUUUGGCUCUCCUUUGUUCCUAGUUAUCUGACUACAGGGGGCAAACAUAUGGUGGCUGUGGAGAUCUUCUCCAUUAUAGCAUCCAGUGGGGGGCUCCUUGUGUGCAUCUUUUUCCCUAAAUGCUUUAUCAUCAUACUGAGGCCUGAACUGAAUAGCAAGCAGUAUAUAAAACAGAGAAAUAACUGAGAGAUCUACAACUGCAUUACCUUCUAUUAUUUUACCCAUGAGAAAUCAGUAAGACCCCAAAGUGAAGACCUGCAACCUUUUGCCAUUUGAUGAUGAUGUUGUUAUCCAUUCAAUUGUAUCUGAGUCUUGGUUAUUCUAUGGGACAGAUUUCUCCACAUCUUCCCAUUUUGCCCUUCUUCUUGUGUACAGGGGCCAUUUUGAUUCCUCUCCCAUAUCCAUAUCUUCUGUUUAUUUAUUGCAUUAUUAAAGAAUGACAGGACA